UGAAGGCUUCUUCCCCCCAGUCCAUGGCACUACCCGGCCCUUCACAGGACCAGGCUUGGAGCCUGGAGCCUCCGGCUCCCACGGUCCCUCUCUCCUCGCCUUCGGGACCCCAGCAGCGGGAGGGCGCUGGGAGCCCGGUGGUGUCCGCGGGGCUUCCCUUCGAGAAGGUGAAGCGGCCCAUGAACGCGUUCAUGGUGUGGAGCUCCGCUCAGCGCCGCCAGAUGGCGCAGCAGAACCCAAAGAUGCACAACUCCGAGAUCUCCAAGCGCCUGGGCGCGCAGUGGAAGCUGCUGGGCGAGGACGAGAAGCGGCCCUUCGUUGAAGAGGCCAAGCGGCUCCGCGCCCGGCACCUGCGCGACUACCCUGACUACAAGUACCGGCCUCGGCGCAAGGCCAAGAGCUCGAGCGCCGGACCCCCCCACUGCAGCCAAGGAAGAAGUAGCCUGGCCGGCGGCCCACUCUGGGGACCUGGGUACACGACCACUCAAGGGAGCAGAGGCUUUGGGUACCGGCCCCCCAACUACUCGACAGUCUACCUGGCCGGUACCUAUGGCUCUUCCCACUGUAGACCGGAGGCUCCCUCGCCAAGCUCCCUCCCUCACAGUGACGCUGGGCUCCAGGGGGAGCUGCUCCCCCACUACAGCCCCUACCUAUCCCCAGGCUCUCCCACUCCAUACAACCCUCCCCUGUCUGGUGUCCCCAUGCCCCUAGCCCACCUCUAACUCUCACGGACACUGACCUCCUCCCACUGAGGGCCUCAUUCUCCUUUCCCACCCAGAACCGUUCCCCUCUCCCAGGCUGCAAA